UGAGUGUCCUUUUUAGUCACAGACUCACUCUUGACUACCGCGGACGUUACAUUUGGUCUGUCAUUUGAAUUGUUCCCCCGGCAGUCGUGCGUUUGAGGCAAUUUUCCACGAUACAGUGCCCAAGGCACGCGCAUCCAUAAAAAAACGAUUAUUCUAUCUCGGUGUCUAUAUAGUUGUGUGUAUUACCAUAUAAAAAAAUUAUUCCAUCUCCCAUCCACGUGAAUUAACGAUAAAAAAAUCCCUUUUUCAUAUAAUAAUUUCAUAUAAUAGUAGGUAAUAAUAAAAAAAAUAUAUAUAGGGUACGUAGUUAGCUCAUUUGGCUACUUCUCCCAGCAUAUAUCGUACCCAUUAUGUAUGUUUGUGUCGUUGUGAUCGUGUAGAGAAAAUAGGACAAAAUGUGUUAAUACUGCAACAAAUUGUUAAAUUAAAAAAAAAAAGUUAGGAAGGAUUUUGUGGAAUGCAAUUACGUGGCUUUACUCUCUCUCUCUCCCUCAAUGAAUUGGAACUAGAAAAAAGGUAAAAAACAAAUUAAAAAAAUUGUGAGAGUGACAAUUCAGCCUGUCCACAUCUAUUGAAGCAUCAAUUGGAAGUUUAAUUUCAAAUUGAACUCUGUGUGGUGUGUGGAAAAAUAUCCGUUUUGGAAAACUCUCUAGCGCACACGAGCAAACUACUCCGCCGCCUCCACCCGUUGUGGCCUCCGGCGCGGAAAUAUUCGGUCAAAUAAUUCGGUAUUUUGUGAUUAUUAUCAUCGGGAAAAUCUCGGGGAAGCAGCAAAACCUCCUGGCACGGGAAGUGUAUCCCCCCACAUCCUGAGGUGAAUCCAUCUGGGUGACCCCAUCACGAAUUCUCGGCCAAGUGCGCAAACGAGAGGGAUGGAUCGUGGCAAAUUGUUUGCCAAGUUGAUACUGGCAUUGCUGAAUGUUCUUGUUGGUCAGCAUCAGCCAGGUGUCUGCCAGAGUCUAUCAAUGGAUACACCACACAUGGAUAGUGAUGGACUUCCAACAGUGCUACCUAAAUUCAUCUCACGAGGGAAUCUUUACAAAGUAACAACGGGAGAUAUGGUCACCCUUCCGUGUAGGGUGCAAAAUCUCGGGAGCUUUGUUCUACUCUGGAGACGUGGGAGUUCCGUCCUAACAGCUGGACCGCUCAAAAUUACACGUGACGCACGAUUUAAGCUCGUCGAUACGUACGACUUGCAGAUAACUGGGGUUAAAACUCAAGAUGCUGGGGAUUAUAUUUGCCAAAUUGGUGAUCAAGAAACUCGCGAUCAGGUGCACACCCUUGAGAUUCUUGUACCCCCAACGGUACGAGCUGUACCCCAAAAUGGUCAGGUUACAGCACGAAAGGGUAGUACUGUGACAUUGGAAUGUAAAGCAUCUGGGAAUCCUGUACCGUCGAUUUAUUGGUACAAAAAGGAUCCCCUGGCGGGUGCAACACAUCUCUCAGAUAGUUCAACCCUUAUCCUGGAACGGGUUGAAAGGCAACAUGCUGGAACGUAUCAAUGUGCAGCUGACAAUGGUGUGAGAGAUCCCGUCUCAGCAGAUGUUCAACUCACAGUUCUCUCUCCACCCGAGAUUACGGUGGAGAAGAGUUGGGUACAUGCAAGUGAGGGGUAUGACAUUGAGCUCUGUUGCACCGUGCACGGCGAUACAAAUUCCGAGAUGCUGUGGUUCCAAAAUUCCUUCCUACUGGACGCCACAGAUCGACGCACGAUGCACUCAGUCGGUGAGCAGUACAUCCUGUCCAUUAGGAAUUUUCAAUCAUCCGACUUUGGGAACUACAGCUGUGUGGCUGAUAAUUCAUUGGGACGCACGAAGAAGUACAUUGAAGUAUCAGGACGUCCGGGACCGGCUACAUUCCUCUCACCGGCCUACAGUGGGCAUCUUGAAUUCUACAAUCUCACCUGGAACAUCGAAUCGAUUCCACCACUUGAGGAAAUAAGGCUUCUCUACCGGAAGUUGUUGAUGAACGAUACGUACCAGCAUCCAGGGAAGUGGCACGACGUCGUGCUGGUGCCUACGCUGACACGUUCGGAGCCCAACCACUUUGUCAUGUCGCACACCAUCAAGGGUCUGGAACGGAAUUCCGUCUACGAGGCGAUUAUCCAGGCGAAGAAUCGAUAUGGGUGGAAUGAGAUAAGUGAUAUCCAUCAGUUUUACACACGGAAUUCGGAAGCACCGAUGGAUGACAUGGACUUCAUAAUGAGUUCCAUGUCCUCAGCCGUGGGUAUCGAUUGGGGUGGCAUUGUAGCGCACUUCCUACCCAUGUUGCCGCUCCAACUAUGGAUAAUUACAUCGUAAGAACGAAGGGAAAGUCCGUGUGGUUGUUUUAUACCAUAAAUACGAUAGAGUGAGCUUAUCCCUCACACAACAUGGUGCGUCUUUGCCAACAUCAUCUCUUAACCAUCCAUAUUGGUGUGUUUUCCCCGGCCCCUGCAUCUCAUCAUAUUCCCACUGGAAGACAUGUAUCAGUGUUAACUAUCUUAAAAGUCAAUGAACAUUCACCAAAUAAACUACAUGUGCAUGCAACGAAGACGGAUAAGAAGGUACUCGUGAAGGUCAGAAUCCAUUUCUGAGCGUGCUACAAUAUCAGUGUGUUGUACCCCCCCGAAAAAAAAGUUUGUUUCCCCAUUUGAAAGCUCCCCUAUCAGAGAUAAAUUUAUGCAAGUGCCUUAAAUCGUGGAAAAAAACAUUCUUGGUGAAUUGAGGAAAAAUUGAAAAAAAGAAAAUUCAAGUACUGAACUGUGUGUAAGAUAAGUAUAUCCUAGGUAAUGAAAUUUAAUCCAUAAGUGGUCAAUAGUAUUUAAGGGUGAUAUCUAUUUUAGUCGGAGUAAAGAAAAGAAUUUGGCGUUGAGAUAAAGAAUUAGCACACAGAUGGGUGAGUUUUUUUUUAAACUACGGAAAAUGUAUUUUGAGAGGUCAAUAGAUGUGUUUGAGAAUUUUUUUUCGAGCCAUUGAAUAGCAAAGAUAAUGGAAUAAUAAUGAACUGACUCUUUUAUUUGACAAGUAAUUACAUAUUUUUACAUUACAUUUCAAUAAACAUUUUAUUUCAUUUUAAUUUUUAAUAACCAUUAAAAAUUAAAUAGACAAAGGGUUGUUAAGGUAAUGUACCACGUACCUUUUGAGAUGUAAUUGGAAAAGAAAGAAUUAAUUAUUAGCCCUUUGCCUCCUUCAGCCCUCUAAAAGCUCCUCAAUCCUCUUCCACGUUCUCACCUUGAAUUAUACACGGAAAGGUAGAAUUAACUCAAUGUGAAAGCUUUCUCCAGUCCCCCCGGAAGUGCAUACCUUUAAUUGAUAAGCAGAACAAUUAAUCAUGAAUCUUCUCCGGUCGGAGGACCAGGAAUUUUUUGUAGAUUCUUCUCCUCGUGGUCCAAUAAAGGCACCAAUGCCUCAGUAAGAAGAUAAGGGGAAGAUCAGAUGGCAGCACGACGUGAUCACAAAAAUCUACUUUUUUCUUUUUAAUCCACAAUUUUAUUAAUUCAAUUUAGUUUAAUCCACCACCUGAAUAAUUUAUUUUCUUCAAUUAUAACUUUUUAAUAUAAGUUUUACAAUAAUUUCUCAAUAAUUUCUCAAUAAUUUCUCAAAAACUUUGCUAAAAAUUUCCACGAACAAUUUUUCCACGUAAAGCUCAAAACGGAAGUGAUUGUACAUAGCUGUCACAAACAGCUGCUGAGCUUUUGGGACUCACAAAGAUUACCGAUUUUUUAACGUGGCGCUACGCGCGCAAAAGUGGCGCACGCAGAAUUUGAAUUUUUGAUCUUCUAUUGUAACGGGUUAACGAGCGGAGCCAACAGGUAAUUAAAAAAAUUCCGGAUAAUUAAUAUUUGGAAAAUAUUUUUGAUUUUUCACUGGAAAAUUAUAUGAAUUAUUGUUUCGAAAAAUUAUUAUAAAAGCUUCCCAUUAUUACUUUGAAGUUUUUACAUUUUGUAAGUUAAUAAAAGUAAAGUCAGGAAGCUUUUUCAAUGAUUUUAAUUUUGAUGAAAGCUUAGUAAAAUUUGCAUUUCUUUUCUAUAGGUAAUACAAAAUUAUUAUUAGUUUAAGUAUUUAAGAAAAAAAGAAACAAAAUAACUUUUUUUUUCAAAGAGAAAAAUUUUCCCAUCAAAAUCAUCAGGAAAUUAAAUUGUUGAAAGAUGCAAAAAAAAAGAAUAUUCCGAAUCUGCGCAACGUAGAAAUAUUCAGAAGGAAAAAUUAAGCAAAAAAAAGAAAAACAAGUUUGCUGAGUAAACAUUUAUAUGGGAAAGAGUAGAGGUUUAUAAGAGGUGGAUGCGUUGAGGGGAAAAUGAUGAGCUUUAUUUUCAAUUUGGCAGAACAUCCAUUUGGGCGGGUAAUUGAGUGAAAA